AUGGAUGGCACCUUGGACAAGACGAGUCUGUCCACCAUCUCGCUUCUAGAGUCCCGUCUGCUGCGCAUCGAGCACCUCCUGUACGGACCCACGGCCUCUCACCCCCCGCCUGCCCACCAUGAAUCUGCAGCACGAAGAUUGGACGAGCUAGAGAGGCGCUUCUCCAUGCUAUCUUCUCGCGUGCGCGUAUACGGCGAGCUGCUCAAGAUCUACAAGACGCAUCCCGACUUCUUCCACGCGCCCGCCCCCUCCGUGCCUCCGUCACAACUCUCUAUUGACGCCAUCCAAUCCAUCGUCCUCGCCUCCGCGUCCUCGUUCCCCGCGAUACUCUCGUCUCUGACGGCAGUCAAGGACAGCCCGAUACCGGAUCCCUCCGAGAGCGCAUCCCUGAUAUCCAAGGCGGAGCGCAUGAAGGCCAUCGAGGCAACACAGCUGGCGCAGGCCACAGACAUUGCAGAGCUUCGCCGACGAAGCGAGGCCAUCAUGCGGGCCUGGUACGAAGGCAAUGUGCUUGCCAACUCGCAGGUAAUGGCCGACGUGGAGAGUCGUGUUGAGAAGGUCGAACGGCUGGUCAGGAGAAGGGAGCGAGAAAUCCUAGAAGCCAAGCAAGUAUGA